CGUAUCCUCUUGACCCACGUGUCGAUCUGUUGUCAAUCUGUUGUCAUCGCCUGCAGUGUCAAUUUUGCCACCGCUGCAGAUAACAUCAUCGCCCAAUCUUGCCGACCUGGCCAUCGUUAAUUGAUCUGGCCUCGCUGUUGGGAUACUCGAGGGCUGUUUGCCGUGUCAGAUCGCUCGGGUUGUCUUCUAUGGGUUCAUGAACAAGGUGCAAUCAUAGCCCUAACCCCCCCGCCAAAAUGGACGAAGAAACUUCGACUCCUGUCUCAACGCCAGAGACCAGGUCGACCGUCAACGGCGACCGCUCGGUGCCCGCCAUGGCAGAGGCCGAGCUUGCUUCCCCCCUGAGUUCAUCACCCGUGGAUGCUGAAGUCCUCGACUCUCCCAGUCUCAGUGCCACGACCCCCAAGAGCCACAGGCUUUCAAGGAACCCCUCCUUCUCUGGCAGCAGCAGCACCUACCAGGAUGACUGGGACGCCCUCCCGCCGCUUGACCGCUUGACCGUCCUCGACCUUUUGGACAAUUUCGCCCUGCCCCAGCAGCUCGAGAAGCUCCAGAGGGGCAUCUCUGCCCAGACCGACAAGGUGCGACGUUCCCGAGAUGCCUUCAAGUCGAGAACCCAGAAUGCCCGCGACCGAAUGGUGGAGGAAUGGAGGCGGCGUGUCCCCUCGGCCGACGAACAGCUCGAACGAUACAGGAAGCGCAUGAGGCAGCGAGUUGAGAAGCUUGGCAAGCAGUGGAACGAUACAAAGGCCAUCAGCCUCCGAGAGAAGAUAUCCUUCAUCUGUGGCGUUAUGAACAUCUUUGCGAGCGGAUAUCUCAUGGGUGGCUAUCCGGAGUGGUUCCAUAUUUGGUAUACGGUUCAGUUGAUAUACUUCAUGCCCAUCCGUAUCUUCACGUACCACCGGCGUGGAUACCACUACUUUUUGGCCGAUCUCUGCUACUUUGUCAAUGUGCUGCUGAUGCUGAGUCUCUGGGUCUUUCCCCAUUCCAAACGGCUCUUCACGGCUGCCUACUGUCUGGCUUAUGGAAACAAUGCUGUGGCAAUCAUCAUGUGGCGCAACUCUUUGGUAUUCCACAGCUUUGACAAGGUCACGUCGCUCUUCAUCCACAUCAUGCCUUGCGCUACUCUUCACUGUAUUGUCCAUCUCUACCCCCCCGAAUUACAGAUGACACGCUUCCCCGCCAUCUGGGCCAUCAAGACCGCGAUUCCUGGGUCUCCGACUGCAUACGCCAAUGUCUUGUCUAUGCUCGCGUGGAGCACGAUUCCGUACGCAAUCUGGCAGCUGAGCUACUACUUCUUCAUCACCGUGCGCCGAAGGGAAAAGAUUGCUGCCGGCCGGCCUACGUCCUUUACUUGGCUUCGAAGAUCCUAUGCAAAGACCUGGAUCGGCAAAUUCGUCCUCGCCCGCCCAGAUGCCCUACAGGAGCCGACGUUUAUGAUGAUUCAGUAUUUCUACGCCUGUCUUACCAUUCUGCCAUGUCCGCUCUGGUUCCUUAGCCGGUGGGCAUCCACUGCCUUCCUGCUUAUCGUGUUUGCCUGGAGCAUUUAUAACGGCGCAACGUACUACAUCGAUGUCUUUGGCAAGAGAUUCCAGAGGGAACUCGAGGCUAUGAGGGCAGAUGUCAUCAAGUGGCAGAACAACCCGGAGACACUGCUUCAGUCGCCUCAAAUUGUUCCGCACAUGGAUGGCCCUCCUGUGCAAGCCACGAGCUUGGAUGCUCAGCUGGCUGAUUCAGCCCUCGCACCGUCACCAAUGCGACCUGACGCCGGGAAGAACAGGUCUACUAGCUUGGACAAAAUCCCAAUGCUAGAUGAGAACUCCAAGAUUGGCGCAACUGGCGUAGACGGGGGAGAUGAAAGUCUUGCUAGGGAACGGAAGCCGAAUCAAGACUAAAGAAAUGGCUUUUUGGACGAAAGACUACACAAGGAAUUGGGGACUAUAUUGUGGCAAUGACGUCUUUUAAUGUCACGCCCGUGAAAUAACAGUAGACGAGGACAUACGGGUACAAAGGUGGGAAACGCGAGCCGGGUUCUUAAUGUAUCUUUGGGAUGAUAUCCUGUGGGGGUUUGGUUUUUCAAGUCUUACGAGAGUCCAUUUCAUAGCGACAAAGGGAGUCAGUAGCUACAACAACAGGGAAACUUGAGCGUGGGUUUGUUUGGAUGACGGAUUUAGAGUAUCCUUUUGUUUUGAGAGUUGGGAUUUUUCUUUUUCUUAUAACGUCUUGUCAUGUAUUUAUUGCUCAAUGAUUAUGACUGCUCUUUUGUUUUCUAC